AUGGCCACCGUGAUUGAUGUUUCGAGCAGUCUGGGAGAGUAUAUGUUGAAAGGCUGGGUCUUGACAGACAAAAUAUGCUCGCAAUGCUCGCGGGUUCCUCUGAUGAGAUCCCCCGCCACGUCUGCCACGCAGAUCCACUUCUGUGUUAACUGCGACGCUGCGCCUGAAUCCUCUGGUAGCACUUCGGUAGUUCCUCCGGCAGCUCGGAACCCUCCGCCGACCUCCACUCAGCGCGGCAAAGUCCCAGUACCCACCUAUUCUCCGUCAAGCAAGUCAUACAGUAGCGCAGUUUCACGCGCAUCGACCCCUCCCACGGAAGUAUCCAACGCGCCAAGCUCUCCCCCUCUCAUGCCUGUCAUGGACACAGCAGAACUCCUCCGUCGCCGUCGGCAGUCAGAUCUUGCGUCUGCCGAGAUCGGGAAGCGCAUGCUCAAGGGCUGGGCCAUGCUCGCCGACGAGUGCCCCAACUCAGACUGCUACGGCAUCCCUCUAGUACGACCACCGAAAUCCGGCGCAUCUCUCGAUCCGAGGAAGGCGAUAUAUUUAACGAGACAGGAAUGCGUGAUCUGCGCCGCUGUUUACGUCGACGAAAAGGAUGCCUUCGGACGGGGUCACCUAGUCCCAAUGCCACCACCCCCUUCUUCGGCAGAAACGUUCCAGGCACUCAGGCUUGCCAGCGAAGCUCGCCAGACUGCCGCUCCCGCGCAUACCACACGACCAAUGGCAAAAGAAGGCUUUGGGGCAGCCCCCCAACCGGUACGCUACUGUAUAUUGUUACUCAACGUCUCGCAGCAGCCGAUAUCUAAAUCAGCCACCGCUUCGGCCCUCGAGGCGACCGCGCUAUCUCUCGAACGGACGCUACUUGUCCUCUCGGAGCGCAUGAAUGUCUGCUCAAGCGCGCUAUUAAUCGACCCCAUAUCCAUCGGCCAGACAGCGGAGGCAAUCACCAAGACCUCACAAGCAUUGACUCAGGUCAAGCAACUGCUUUGGAGCGAGACUCAAGCGCUCCAAGAUUGA